AUGAUCGAUCACCAAGAUGUGCAGCCAAACCGCAUCUGCUCCGAACUUCUGCCGAAGUCACACGGAUUUCGAGAUCAAUCCCGAUUGCGAUCCAUGCUUGAUACAGUGCUGGUGUCCAGGACUACACCUCGAGGAUGGAUAAGGUCCGUCUAUGUGGCCAGCACGCACUGGAACAAUGAGGCCAUCCUGCGCAGCCAUUGGAAUGCCGCCGUUGUCGAGUUAGCGAGGAAGUUCGGGAAAGAGAACAUAUACGUUUCCGUCUAUGAGAGUGGAAGUUGGGAUGAUUCGAAAGGCGCGCUGAGGGAGCUGGAUAUGCAGCUGGGGGAAUUGGGCGUUGACAGGACGAUCGUCCUGGAUCCCACCACCCACGAGAACGAGAUCAGCAAGCCUCCCGCGGAGGAAGGGUGGAUUGAUACGGCCCGGGGCAAGAGGGAGCUCAGACGCAUCCCGUACCUGGCCCAUAUGCGGAAUAAGUCGUUGGAGCCAUUGGAGAAGCUUGUACGGGCUGGGAGGACGUUCGAUAAGAUUAUCUUUCUGAAUGAUGUCAUAUUUUCGAUGGCGGAUAUCAUAACCCUUCUCAAUACCCGCUCCGGGUCAUACGCCGCGACGUGCUCGCUUGAUUUCGCAAAACCGGGGCUCUUCUAUGACACAUUUGCCCUGCGGGACUGGAAGGGCUCCGCUGCCUUCUCCCAGCGCUAUCCAUACUUCAGCGCCAGGCGUUCACGCAACGCCUUGCUAGCAGGAAAGGCCAUCCCCGUGCAAAGUUGCUGGAACGGGAUUGCAAUCUUCGACGCCGCUCCCUUCCAAACAACCCAGACCCCGCUUCGCUUCCGCGCCAUCCCCGACUCGCUCGCCAAAUACCACCUCGAAGGCUCCGAAUGCUGCCUCAUCCACUACGACAACCCCCUCUCAGCCUCCAAGGGUGUCUGGCUGAAUCCCAACGUGCGCGUCGGAUAUAACCUGGUCGCCUACGAGUCUGCGGCGCGCGGGUGGCCGUCGACGCGGGACGCUGUGCUUGUGGGCUGGUGGAAGGGGUUUCUUGCGUCGUUGCUGGACUUGCCGUGGCGGCCAAGGGCGAUCGAGGCGAGGUUUAGGGCAUGGGAGAAGGAGGAAGAUGACGAUACCACUUCUUCUUCUUCUUCUAUCCAGGGUAAGAAGCGGGGGAGGAGGAGGAGGAGGAGGAGGAGGAGCGGGAAGAAUGGAGAGCUUUGGCUGCCGUGUUUGAUUGAUGAGAUGCAAGUCAUCGUGUAUAAUGGGUGGGCGCAUGUUUGA